CAACCUCUGUCCUCUUUUCAUCAUCUUCACCAUUCUUUAUAACCAAACCGAUUAAAAUCAAAUUGAAGAAAAAAGAUACAAUGGCGAAGCAGGAGCAGCAGCAAUGGAAUGCUUGUAGUAAUGGUAGUGGGGGAGCGAUUGAUAAUAGCAGUUGUAUUAGUAGAAACAGCAGCAAUGGCAAUAGCAAUAGCAAUGGGGGUUUGCAAUUGCAGUCUUUUUUCAAAUCCAUAUUUUCCAAGACUAACGACGAAAACAGUUUCAGAGAACGGAGGAGUAAGAGCUUCUUUGUCAAAAGAGACGGUGGUCAUUCCGAUGACUAUGGAAACGACGACGACGGUUCCGCAUGGGCUAAGCUGCCCGUUCCUCAUCUUUCUCCUCUCGCUCGUUCCGUGAUCUCCCGUUGUUCCAAGCUUCCAGAGCAGAAUUUCGGCCAAAGAAUAAAUUACUGAUACUGGAAAAAAAAAGAAAAACAUUUUCAUUUCUUGAAUUUGUUCUGCGUUGUGGAAAGUCGUCAGAUUGGUCAUUGGCAAAAUCACAUGAAAUUGAUUCUGAGUCUUUGAAUCAAGAUGGCUGCUUGGGAAGGUCAAGAUCUCUUGCAAGGCUUAAUGCCCAGAAGGAAUUCUUGAGGGCAACUGCUCUUUUGUCUGAUAGGACAUUUUGCACUGAAGAAUCCAUUCCUGAAUCCUUCAAUAAGUUAUUGACUUUGUACCCAAAGUUCCAAUGUUCAGAAACAAUUGACCAAUUGAGACUUGACUUUGUACGGGUUGUUUUCUUAUUUUCAAACGCUACAUUAUUGGGAUU